UCACUCAUAUCCUCUAGCUUCAAAAGUAGCUAGCUGGGUCCAACCAUUCUGUUGCUUCUUUUCAACUUGAACAGCGGCGUUUCCUCCUUAUAUACGGAGCUUGUUCAAAUUAAAAUACUUCUAACACUAUGGCCGCCUACAAGCUGGUGUUGAUCCGCCACGGAGAGAGCAACUGGAACCAGGAGAACCGAUUUUGUGGCUGGUUCGACGCCGACCUGAGCGAGACUGGAGAACGGGAGGCUAAGAGAGGAGGACAGGCCCUGAAAGAUGCUGGCUAUGAGUUUGACGUAUGCUACACCUCAGUUCUGAAGAGGGCCAUCCGCACUCUUUGGCUGUGCCUGGACAGCAUUGACCAGAUGUGGCUUCCCGUCAACCGGACCUGGCGCCUCAACGAACGCCACUACGGUGGCCUGACGGGGUUAAACAAGUCAGAGACUGCUGCCAAGCAUGGCGAAGCUCAGGUGAAGAUCUGGAGGCGGAGCUUCGAUAUCCCUCCUCCCACCAUGGACCCAGACCAUGACUUCUACACUAUCAUCAGCAAGGACCGUCGUUAUGGCGACCUGUCGGAAGAGCAGCUUCCAUCCUGUGAGAGCCUGAAGGACACCAUCGCCCGGGCACUGCCCUACUGGAACGACGAGAUUGUGCCCCAGAUCAAACGGGGCAAGAGGGUUCUCAUCGCUGCCCAUGGCAAUAGCCUCAGGGGCAUUGUCAAGCAUCUCGAGGGUAUGUCUGAGGAAGCCAUCAUGGAGCUGAACCUGCCCACAGGCAUCCCCAUCCUGUAUGAGCUGGACAAGAACCUGAAGCCUGUCAAGCCCAUGCAGUUCCUGGGGGAUGAGGAAACCGUCAGGAAGGCUAUGGAGGCCGUGGCAGCCCAGGGCAAAGCCAAAAAAUAGAGGGGGCACUUUGUGCAUCAUGGAGUAGGACGUUGUGCUUAUUUAAAGAUCUAGGAUCAGAUUUUAUAUUAGCCUCCCAUCAAUUCCUAACCUUCCGGAGGAAGCAUGUAAAACUGACCUUAGAUCAGUGUUUCUGGGAAGCUUCAUUCUACUCCAUGUGGCACAGAGUAGGGGUAAAGGGAUAUGGGUUGGAGGAGGUUAGUAAUACUACAGCUCUCAAAGGAGCUCACACACACACACACUGUACUUGCAGUCCAAGAAACAUAGGCACUAAGAAUGUGUGUUCGUAUUCAACCCUACUGUGCAUAGAAAGUCUAACAAAUGUGGAUUAUAAAGUAACUAAUAAAUUAGUUUAGAUUAAUAUUGACCAAGCCACUUCUAUGGGGACAACUGACUACACUAUCAAAUCAGUCAUCAUUCCACUGGCUUAUUGUGUCUAUGUUUCCCUGUUUAACAAUGGAUCAUUGAGAUUACGAAUGUGAUGAAGCCUAAUUUAUUUGAAAAUAUUUAGUCCUGCGUUACCAUACUUCCUAGUCUCGCUAGAAAAUAGUAUAUAUUUAGAUGUUAUAGAAGAAUAUUUGCACUUUUAAAACGUAAACAGUUAUAUACACUAAACACGUAAGGUUGUACUGGUUCUGUUAUUUUCCAAUGUGCUCUGUCUCUGGUCGUACAGUUCUGUAGAACCACUGAAUCAGUAGUUGGAAGACUAUUUCCAUCUCCUGCGAGAGCCAUGGCAGAGACUAAAAACAUCUUUCUCCUCUGCCUCCUAGCCUUGGAUGCUACUUCUGUGUGUCGUUUACAUGUCUAGUACUACUGUGUGUGACAUGUCUUUCCAUCCCAUUUCCUGGUGAGUAUUGUGGCACAUGGCUACUGUUUUGUCAGUGGGAUCAAAUGUUUGGUACCUGCAAUGUCGGUCUGUUUCUGCUUCAGCCAGCAUCAGUGGCAUUCAGGGCUAAACAUUCAUAUUUCACAGAUGAAAUAGAUUGCACACGACAGACCAACCCUCCUCUUCUAUGUCCAAGCGAGCUGAUUCUAAACAUUACAUUUUUAUCUGCAACUUUGAGCAUUCCACAACCUAUGAAUAGGCUUCAUGGUGGAACAUGCAUUUUACUAUAAGUUUACUUUUGCUACCCUGUGUGCUGCUGGACCCCUCUAAAUGGGGAAACUGCAGUGUAGGUACCUGCUUACCUGCUCCUGUAGGAUAAGCUGCUUAUAUCCUUCCCCACCCAUUCCCAAGGCUUUCUCUUUUGAAAUGGUUGGCAAUCUUAUGACUGAAAAUAAGAUCAUUUGGAAUGAUGUUAUUAGGGUUCAUUGCAAUGCACUUUUUAGAUGUACAGCACUGAAACCUGUGCUGAACCAAUAAAUGUGUGUGGGAAGAAACAUGA